AAUACCAACCAAGGGAAAAAGUGUCCUCCAAAGAAUUUAGGAAUAGAUCAAAACUCCAUCCGGCACAAUCUCUCACUUCACAGUCGCUUCGUCAGAGUACAAAAUGAAGGCACUGGCAAAUCCAGUUGGUGGAUGCUCAAUCCAGAUGCAAAGACUUCGGGAGGUAAGUCAUCCCGAAGGCGAACACCUUCCAUGGACUCGGCCAACCGAGGGCCGGAAUUCAAACGACGAGGCCGAAGCAAAAAGUCGUCGCUGACCAAUAUCAAUCGAAAUGGGGUUGGACCUCGUCCAGGGGUGAGCCCAAUUAGAGGUCCCCCGGGGAUGACGGACAUAUACCCAGACGCACCGAAUUUUCAUCAAUUCCCAUUUCCACCUGACUUGAGAGGUCGAGGUAACCUAGAAUUCCAAGGGGGAUCCGGGCACCCUCAUGGAGGGGUGGGAAGAAUAUCUCCCAACCUCAGGAAUGGGGUCAUGGAAGGUCAAUAUGGAUACCCAGGACCGCAAGAGUGGGGCUCCGAAUACCCGCAAUGUGGUGGGCAGGGCUACUAUCCAGGUGCCAUGCCGCGUGAUCCAUAUUGUGAUCCUUUGUCUGGCAACAGUGGUCCUGAAGAGUUCUCUGGACCUCGGGCAAUUUCUCCAAUUCAUCUCCCGCAUAGGUCCAAUGGUUUUCCAUUCCGAGGGGCCUACCCAGGAAAUCCAAAUGAGUUUCAUGCUUAUCAUGGUGGGUCGGACAUCAAGAUGCCUUCAAGCCCCUUGGUGUCGAGUGCAAACCAACAUAGCUUGAGCCAGGAAGGCAACUCAUACACCAAUUCCCAGGUUAUGUCCCCAAUGACGGGCGGCAAUGCCAACGUUCAAGGCGACAUGUCGCCCUCACCACGAUCAAGUGGAGCCGGGUCCAGAAUACCGAACAACGCGAACUUCCCUUCGCCCGAGUCUCAUCAUGGCCCGACCACACCAAGUGGGCCCGGGGACCAACCUCCUUUGCUCUCGCCCCAUCCCAAGGGUGGUCACACCUUCUUCCCUCCCUGUAGCAUGAAUCCACGGUCAGCUCAGGGCCUCCUGAAUCCUCCCCCAUCUCAGACGUCCCCUCGAUCCAAUAGCACCGGGUCGAGUAGUUCCAUUUUGGAGCGGGCUUUGGCCACUACCAUCAAGCAAGAGGAUGGAAAUCCAGUCAGUCCAGGUGGGACCCAUAUGGAACAUGCCCAUCAUCCCAAUCAACAAGGCAAUUUCCCAUGGCCUCAAAUGGGAAGCAAUAGCUUUGCUGAUGUUAACGUCGAAGAUUAUAUUAAACAUGACAUGUCAAAUGCAAUGGAGGGCUUAGAGUAUAUGGGUCCAGCUGGGCCCGAGCAUGGUCCUCAGGGAAUCAAUGUGGGUUACAACGCCAAUGGAACGAAUAUCCCGGAUGCUCACCACCCUUUGCACCACAGCCAUCAUCAUAUGGGACAACACCAUCCUCAUCAUCACGGUCAUGAGGACCUUCGUGACAAUAGCGUCCCACCGCCACCGGCAAGUCAAUACCAGGCCAUGACCCAGCCACCCUGGGUUAGGUAAAACACCCGAGGGAUCCACUCUGGUCCUCGGGACUCGGAAAUUCAAGACAAAUGUGAAAACCUCUUCAUCUAUAACCAACGCCCCUGCUUCCUCUGCAAGAGAAGAACUCGGAGCCCACUACUGCAUAAUUUUCCUUUCCGUUGCCAGAUUCUGUUCCUUUCCCAUUCCUUUUUUUUUAUUUUUCCAAUUUCACUUACAAAGUCACAGGGUUAUUGCAACUAUCCAGACUCGUUGGUUCGCUACUUACCCUUGUGGUUUGCAGGCUUUGUUCAGGGAUCUAGGUUGCAUUUGUAGCGACAAAUCUAUGGCUCAUCCCUCAUUUCAUUCCGUGGAACGGAGGACCUGUAAACGCCUUUUUAGAGGGUGGAUGAAGUGUGUGCCUUUCCUUCUCCAUCUAUCUAUCUUUCUCGCCACGGUAAUCCUGGGAAUACUUUUUGCAAAGGUUCCCUGGAUCUUGAUCCACGUCCUGAUAGAAAAAAGAUUACCACUAAAUCUUUGCUCAAAUGAAAAUCUUCCCUAUAAGUAGUUGUAGCAAUUGGGUUGGGUACUCGUCCUCUUUCUCUUUUUGAGACACUUCCCCAGAUACACACACAAUGGAAAAUAAAAAAGAAGACAGGCCACGUAGUGUUGAGUUUCACCGAAUUCUGGUAGAUUGGAAUUCUUCGAUCAAACAUAUUGGCAUUUGUUUCCCGGAAUUCACAACUCUUCUUACUUGCUCAGGUUCCGUUCAAAAUUGAGAAACUGGUUUAAUUCGGGAGGAGCUCUUAAAACUAGAGGGUGACGAGAUUUUGGGAAUCUUGAAAGUGAGAGGAUUUUCGACAAGAUUCGGGAUUGUUUAAACAAUCAGGGGUUAUUUGGAUACGAAUCAUUCAUGGCCUGCAGCCGCUUUUUGUGGGAUCUAAAGGGAUAAAAAGUAUAGCCUUCGACAUAAAUAUAGCCUUCCUAGAAGCAAGAGCUUACUUACACCGUAGCUGAGGUUUGUUGUAUAACCCUGACUUUCCUUCGUCUUCUGCCCCUUUCACAAACGUAACUCAUUGUUAUAAUUCAUAGUUAAAUUCUUGACUCAAUGUUGUCAGAGAACAGUUAUUGGAACUCUAAGCCAUGCACACUUUAAUUACGGGUAUUUUUUCCCUUCCUCCCCAAUUUCACAUUUUUCUCUGAAUUUCUGAAUUCCCCCAAGCUACUUCACCAACGAUAGUAUUUAUUGCAAAUCAUUGGGCAUUUAUUUAUCCUGUCACGAUUGUGUUUCCAUUAGAAAGUUGUAUUUAGACUCACUGUGAUACAAAUCAUGUAUAAAGUGAACAUCACCCCCAUCAUCACCCCAUCAACAUCAACAAAGAUAAGAGCAACACCAUCAACAACUACCACCAAGAAGAAAGUGAGGGCGGGCAAGAAUUUGAACUUUCCGCCAAUUUGUGCCAAGCCAAACGAACAUGUUAAAACCACGUUGCAAGUCUGUAAAUAGGAUUUAAAAUGAACAAAAACUAUCUUUAAAGAAACAUAGACUUCACACACGCGCAAAUUCCAGUUACAAGUUGCAAAUUUAUCGUUGUCCAAGAGACUGCUAUUCCUCGAAAACUCAUUCUCAUUCAAUCACUUGUUUCGCGUAAUCCACAAAUCUAUCUCAAGCUCUCGGACAAGAUCGGAAGCUAAGCAAGACGAUGAUCACUUACUGGCCAUCACGAAAGCUCUCACACUUAAAUGCAUAUAUGCCAACCACUGGAUGAAUGAAAAAGUAACAAUAAAAGUUUAUUAUCAA